GGUAGUUGACAGGAAAUGGCUGUCCAUGCGUGCAUGCUAGCGUGAAGUGACGGUGGGAGGUGUUUUCGACUUUUCUCGUUCCGUCGAAAAUCGUAUCAAAGAGAGGUGUUGCAAUCAGUGUUUUCUUCUCAAUCAGUCGCCGGAAAGAUCACUUAAAUCGUUGCUGGUAGAUGGUGUAGCCUUCGUCGCUUGAAUAUUGGAUGAUUAUUCCUUAGCUGGUGCGCUAGUGACCUUCGUAGGCAGACGUGUUUUAACGGCUCGAAGUAUUUUUCGCUACGUGGUGGUUUGGGGGAGAUUGUGGUUUUGUGUUUCUUGUUGGUGUUAAACCUUGGAGCUUUGGAUGCAUCAGUGUGUGGUGGCGUCUCACCGACAGUGUCUGUUACGGUAAUUGACAAUUUGUGUUGCGGUCAGCAGAAGCAGAGCCUGUGAAUUGCGAUCGCAAAACCACGCAAAGGAACAACCGUGAACAUUAUGCGGUUGUGGUAAUAUCACGUCAAUUGCGUUGCGUUUUAUUGGAUACAUUUUGUGAAUAUGAAUUUAUAAAAUAGCGGCCGACACAAACACUGCCAAAUCUGGAUAAAACAAAAAAAGAGGUAUAUACUACAGUGAUGGCCGCACUGCGCUCUCAGAAUGGAAUAAACUUAAUUUUCCUUUUCAUCGUUCAUUUAAACCACGGCAUUACAAAGUCACUGCAGACCUUUUCGGAGGAACAGUUCCUCCUGGAGCUGAGUGAUGAUCACAGCAGUUCACCGGUAACGCGUCCUCCGAUACGUAACCGAACACCACCGUACCUUGGCAAUCUGCACCUUGGCUUUCACCAGCACCAGUACCAGCACCAUCAGCAUCCGGAGACGAGUGAGAACGAAAUUUACGACUCGGACGAGAGUAAUCUGCUCCGGACGCCGCUCGACCGUGGGCCACACUUUGAUUUGUCCGCCUCGAAAAACAUUACAGCGCUGGUCGGGAAGACGGCCUAUCUCAACUGCCGGGUGAAGAACAUCGGCAAUAAAACGGUGUCCUGGGUGCGGCAUCGUGACAUUCAUCUGUUAACCGUAGGUAGAUUCACCUAUACGUCUGACCAACGUUUCCAGGCUGUACAUAAUCCCCAGACAGACGACUGGUCGCUACAAAUUAGAUACCCCCAGAAGCGGGACACGGGCGUGUACGAGUGCCAGAUCUCCACUACGCCACCGGUCGGGCACUCAAUGUUUCUCGCCGUCGUAGAGCCAAUCACCACGAUCGUUGGUGUGCCGGAUCUGUACAUCAACACGGGCUCAACUGUAAAUUUAACCUGCAUAGUGCGAAACUCGCCCGAGCCUCCUUCAACCAUUUUUUGGACCCACAACAAUCAGGAGAUCAACUACGAUUCACCCCGGGGCGGUGUGUCGGUCAUAACGGAGAAGGGUGAAACGACGACAUCGUACCUGCUAAUACAGCGCGCCCGCACCACCGACAGCGGGAAGUACGUCUGCUCCCCAUCGAAUGCCGAUCCUUCCACGAUCAACGUGCAUAUCAUGAAUGGUACCGUUCGACCGCCCUACUCGCUAACCGCGUCCAGGGCAAUGACAAAUACGACAGUGUUCGCCCGAUACUGGAAACAUUUCAGACAGUAUUUGUCAGGGCUACCAUUGUUGGACUCCCCGCUUAAGCGGUUAGCAUUGCCGCCCAGCCAGUGGAGUUUGCCGCUGAGUUUAAUGGUGCCCAGUAUUGCAUCAACAGCAUUUUUCCUGAAAAUCCACGCGUGGACCAACAACUGUCGGUGAUGACGGUGAAGAAAUUCAUCGUAGAACUCAUCCCUGACCAACAAGACAAGACCGAACAGAAUAAGCGAAGAAAAGAACGUUGUUAAAAUUCUUGUGCAUCGAAGACGUUGAAAUAAAAUAAUUUCGAAGUAAAGUCAAUUUUACUUCAAUAA